AUGUCAAAAUCCACGUCAGCAAAGCUAGCAACCCUUCGCAACGCCUUGGCUGCGCUACCAGACAAAGAUGUCCUGCACAAAUACCUCGGAAGGUCGACAACUGCUCCAAACCUACUUCGUGACGCUGUCCUCGUCGUCCUCCACCGCAAAUGGUCAGCUCACCCACCGUAUCGCCUCACCGAGCUUGGAAUCACCACCUACGACCGAUCUAGCAUCAAUCAAGGACAGCCUAUAAUGGCCGGCCCGCACGCAGAAGACUUGCUACGCAAAGUAUGGUGUCUCCACCUCGUCAUCCGCUCCACCGCGCACCUCGACGCUACAGCCACCGGUCUCGAUCCUUUCCAUUUCGGCACCACGGUCUAUGUAUCCCAAGAAGAAGCUCUUGUCCUGCUCGAGCACAUCUGGCACCAGCCUAUGGACGAGCAGAACGAGGACUCUGGCUACCGACCCAUCAUGUACAUGUCCUUCGGCUCCAACGGCAGCAUCAGCAGGGUACGCAAGACGGCGUUCGACUUCGACCCAACCCUUCUGGAUACCACGGUAGCGAGUCUCGAUGCGCAAAUCAUACCCCAGCAGUCUAAGAUCACGCGCCACGCAGACGCAGACUUUGCAUACCUCCUCAGACAGUUCAGCGUCCCGGUAUAA